CCGCAGCCCGGAUGCUCUGAGCCUCAUCAGCCUCCAGUGCCAGCGCUUGGCCGGGAGCCGCGGCCCCGGCAGGCGCAAACAGGCGGCCCCGCAGCGGGGGGCCGGGCCCGGGGACCCCCGGUUCCGGGGGGUGACGCUGAGGAUGCGCCUGGACCUGCGGAGCAGCAGCGCCGAGGGCUGCGGGCUCCUCAUCACCGCCCGCGGCAGCAGGGCUCCCAAGCGGAGCAGCCCCGAGGCCGGGGGGAGCGGCUCGGAGAGGAGCGGUCCCGUUGGUGCCGGGAGCAAGCGCUGCGCCUCCUGCGGGACGCGGAGGACCCGGCUCUGGAGGGCGGCGGAGGACGGGACCCCGCUGUGCAACGCCUGCGGCAUCCG